ACUCCUUCUGGAUAUUCUUUUCAUUUCUAUGAUGAUUUACUGUUGUUGUUACGUGUUUCCUUGGCAUUGAUCCAUCUCUACUCAAUCCUUACACCAGAUUUUGAUGGUAUAAGAGGAUCCAAUGACAAUGCUUAUAUUAAAAAUGGAGUUUAUAGUCUCUCUGAACUAUCUAUGUCCAAGUUCUUGGGAGUUCGGAAGCACCUUACAUCGGCGACAUUUGUUCUACUCUUUCUAAGUUUUCCUAUGACAAUUCUUUUCGUUUGCACAUGCAGAGUUCAGUUGAUGUGGUCUGAUACUUGCUUCUUAGUUCCUUAACAUUGUUCAAUUUAAUCGCAAUGAUAAUGGGUUUGUGUUUAGAUUUUUUCUUUUCUUUUCAAGUUUCCAUUGUUGCAGGAGAAACAGGUCUACUCAUGCAUGCAACUUCCAUUCCAUGAUGCAGCAAAAGGAUCGUUGUUGCAAGAGAAGAAAAGUCCACAAUGAGGUCCUGAAGGAUCAAGGACAUUGUUUAGCAACAAAUGUUUGUACUGUGUAUAUAUUGUUGGUUUUGUCUGAAAAGAACCAGACUUGUUUUUGAAACUAUCAUGUACUACUCUCUUCUUUUCAAAUUAUUAUUUGCAGUUUCACACA